CGGGAUAACCUUCUGCUUCUAGACUUUCCAUACUUCUACGUACGCGGCGCUCAUACCUUACCUCUAGGUACUAUAUCUUACCUUAGGUACAAGCCUGUACUUUACGCCGAUUGGUCAAUAACCGUUAAUGACAGCUUAUCCCCAAAUCCAAAUUCCCCUACACCACAUCAACCCAUCAGCCAUCAGCCAUCAGUCAGUCAAUUCAUCCCAUUGACGAAACUUGAACAGACUACCUCUGUGCUGUGCAGUGCAGUGCAAAUCACAUUCACUUUGUCAUUUAUUUUACCGACUUGUAUUAUAUAACAGGUUUUCUUCCAUCAAGAAAAAAGAAAAGAAAUACCUUGUUAUUUAAUAAAGUCGGCAUUGAAUCGUCAGUUUCUGGCUCAGCUGAGCUUGCAUCGUUCAAUGUUCAUCCUUCAUCCGCAGCUGCAUUACUUCCACACUCUUUCUUAACUGGUAUUAUAAAUAUACAGUGCACUGCUCAACAUAAUCGGCGCAUUACCUUCCGUCACUGGUUUAGCUCCCCAGAGAUCUACGUACAAUACAACUAGUGUCUUGCGAAGCACGUCCACGUCCACGCACAAUUGAGCAUCGUUGAGACACCUUCGCAUCGAGGCACUUGGUGCUGCCAUCAAUCAAUCUCCUUUACCUCCACUGUUACUUCCACCUAGUCGGCGAAUCUUACAGAGGAGCAUCCUCUACAAUUUCGGUUCACAAUGGAUAUUUCCACUAGCCACUCGACCCUCACCACUAUUGGCGGAUGGGUGGUCAUUUUGGCGAUCAGCGGAGCUAUCUGGUACCGGAGCCAGCAAAAGAAGACUCAGAGGACCGUUCGCCGUGGUUCCUUCACCAAACAAUCGGGAAGACAACCCGAUACCGAUCUAGUAAGCGAUACCAAGAAGAAGGUUGAAAAGGUUGCGAAGCCCAAGCCCAAGCCAAAAGCUCCGACGACCACGACCACAUCGAACGAACCCACUACACCUAACGUCAAUUUCAAUCGAGACGAGGACGAAGCUACUAGCAAGAAAGCCGACCGUGAAUUUGCUCGUCAAUUAUCCAAUGCCCACGCAGGAACCAAAUUCAACACCAAGAAGUCUGACGAUAAGAAGCAAAAGUCUGUCAAGCAGUCCAAAGCUCAAGAGAUUCAGGAUGCAUCAGGUGGAAAGGCAUCUGUCCCUUCCUCACACGCAGAUGAUGCCGAUGACGAUCUAUCGUCCCAAGCCUCUCCUGUAGUAAAAGCCGUCGACAGCCGUGAUGUAUCCGAUAUGCUAGAGCCUGUUGCAUCUGGCCCUUCCGUCCUACGUCUUACUGGUGUAGAUUCCGUGAAGCCUAAGGAGCGAAAACAAAAGGCACCCGAAGUUGUUGAGACCAAGAAGCAACGUCAGCACCGAAAGAAAGCUCAGGCUGCUAAGGCUGCCCGUGAGGAAGAGGAAAAGGAGCGCCUGGUUAAGCUCGAGCAACAGAGACGAACUGCUCGUAUUGCCGAGGGACGACCUGCUAAGGACGGCUCUAGCUUCAUGGCCAGUGCCCAAAACGCCUGGAAUGAAAAACCCACCAACAACAGCACGGUCCAACCCCUUGACACUUUCGAGCAACAACCCAAGGUUGAAUCCACAAAGCCGAGUACUGUGAACACUGCCGGAACUACCAAGAAGUCUGAUCCCUGGUUGUCCGGCAUGCCUUCGGAGGAAGAGCAGAUGGAGCUACUCCGUCAAGAGAAUUCGUGGAAUGAGGUUAAGACCAAGAAGAAGGGAAAGAAGAAGGAUGCCUCCGCUGAUGUGUCGGCCCCCUCUGCUCCGGCCACCAACGGCCGUAGUGCCACAAGCACCCCCACUGUCAAGGCUCCAGUUCCGGUCAAUGGCACCAAGAAGCCGAUCCUGACCAGCAGCAAUUCUUCUUUUGCUGCCCUGACUCCCGAGGAGACAGAUGAUAAUGAAGAAGAAAAAGAAUGGGACGUAUGAUAUGUUAGGAAUAUCACGUCAUGGGUGUCUCAGGGGCGUCCACCUUCACUUCUUUAUACAUUUUUGUCUGCUGUGAAUAUUGCAUAGACUCGACCAUCACCACCACCACCACCACCACCACCACCACAUCUUCUUCCCCACCCACAGUCAAUAUUGUUGUUGUACAGUAUUCUCCUCGACACAUCACACCGUAUCGAAUCCCAUUAUGCACAUGGACAUCGAAUAUCGCUUAUGAAAAAACAGGCUUGGACUUGGAUUGCAAGAUGGACGUUCCUCUUGCCGUUUCCCUGAGAAAACGCAGAAUUGGUCGUCCUUGCUUUGUAUUAGUGACUUAUGAUUUUUUUUUCCCUGAUAAUUGCAGCUCAUUAUUAUACAGACGUACAGAGUCAUCCGUUGCUUGACGACUGCAACUCGUUAGCCGGAGACUGUACCAAUGUUUUCAAGUCCACUAUAGGGGGACGGAUACUAGGCGUCAUCAUUUCUUAGUUGCAGCAGCUAUAGAUUCAAAUAGCUCAAUGAAUGCGUAUGCUUUCCUUUUCU